CGUCGCUUAUACUCGCCCCCACCCAAAACCCAAACACCACCCGCAGCCCCACCCCAAAACCCUAGCCCUCGCCGCCUGCCGGAGAACAUGGAGCCCAUUGCCCUAGCGAAGGCCCCCGGCGGUGGUGGAAGAAACCUGGUGCUGAUCCUGGAUUACGGCUCCCAGUACACCCACCUCAUCACCCGCCGGAUCCGGCAGCUCUCCGUCUUCUCCCUCUGUAUCUCCGGCACUUCCUCCCUCUCCUCCAUUGCCGAGCUGAAGCCACGCGUCGUGAUCCUAUCUGGUAGCCCCCACUCCGUCCACGCCGACGGCGCCCCAUCCUUUCCCGACGGCUUCGUCCGGUACGCCGAGGAUAACAGCGUCUACGUGCUGGGAAUCUGCUACGGGAUGCAGUUGAUCGUCCAGAAUCUUGGGGGAGUGGUCACCGUCGGAGAGAAGCAAGAAUAUGGGAAGAUGGAGAUCUCGGUCGAGGAGGAGUGCGGGCUUUACGGGCCGGAGGCCCUCGGCGGGACUCAAACGGUAUGGAUGAGCCAUGGGGAUGAGGUGGUCAAGCUGCCGGAGGGAUUCACGGUGGCAGCGAGAAGUUUACAGGGAUCGGUGGCAGCGAUUGAGAACCACGCCAGAAGGUUUUACGGGCUUCAGUACCAUCCGGAGGUUACGCAUUCUCCUCAAGGAGUGGAGACGCUGCGCCACUUUCUUUUUGAUGUUUGUGGGGUAACUGCUGAUUGGGAGAUGCAAGAUGUGCUUGAAGAAGAAAUAAAAGUCACCAAAAGAAUGGUAGGGCCUGAUGAACAUGUUAUUUGUGCAUUAUCUGGUGGAGUAGAUUCCACUGUUGCAGCCACUCUUGUGCACAAGGCGAUUGGAGACAGGCUGCACUGUAUCUUUGUUGACACUGGGUUAUUGAGGUAUAAGGAGAGAGAGCGAGUAAUGUCAACCUUCCAGAGCGACCUGCAUUUGCCAGUUAUUUGCAUUGACGCAUCAGAUCAAUUUCUUAGUAAGCUUAAAGGUGUUAAAGACCCAGAGUGUAAGAGAAAAAUCAUUGGAAGGGAGUUCAUAUCUAUUUUUGAUGAUUUUGCUCAAGAGUUAGAAAAAAAAUUGGGAAAGAAACCUACGUUCUUGGUUCAGGGAACUCUAUAUCCUGAUGUGAUUGAGUCAUGCCCACCUCCCGGAAGUGGAAAAACUCACUCCCAUACAAUCAAGAGCCAUCAUAAUGUUGGAGGACUUCCAGAGGACAUGAAGUUAAAGCUCAUCGAACCACUUAAGUGCCUCUUUAAAGAUGAGGUACGAAAACUGGGAGGCAUUCUGAAUGUCCCUGAAUCGUUUUUGAAGAGACAUCCAUUCCCUGGACCUGGCCUUGCUGUUCGUGUCUUGGGUGAUGUUACGGAAGGAAAUGCCUUGGAGAUUCUACGUCAGGUAGAUGAGAUAUUCAUUCAGUCAAUAAAAGAGGCUGGCCUUUAUGAUUCCAUUUGGCAAGCUUUUGCUGUGUUUUUGCCAGUACAAUCAGUUGGGGUUCAAGGUGAUCAUAGAACUCAUUCUCAUGUAGUUGUUCUUAGAGCAAUUACCAGUGAGGAUGGAAUGACUGCAGACUGGUAUUAUUUUGACCACAAAUUUCUCGUAGACGUGGUUCGAAAGAUCUGCAAUAAUGUCCGGGGUGUAAACAGGGUCUGCCAAGACAUUACAUCAAAACCACCAGCAACUGUGGAAUGGGAAUAAUUUCAAUUUGGCAGCCUUCAGGUGGUUCAGGAGGGUGCUGAAUGUCUUCUGCAUUGGAGCAGGCUUAAAAAUUUGAACCAUACAUUUAUCUGUGCAAGCAGCUAUUCAUUCUUGUCCGUGAUUGCAUAGAUCCAGCCACAGCAAGGAAAUAUGGCUGGGUCUAGGGUGAAGCAGCGAGUUUAAAUAUAUAUAUAAGCCGUUCCCUGUCAUAUUUCUUGUUUUCUCAAGGCAGAUAUGUGUUACCAGUGUGAGACUUUGGAAGUACACAUAUCAUGUAUAUUGAAAGUAAUGGGCCCUAACUUGCGUAAUGAAUUGCUAUGCUGGGACCGAUCACAUCAUUACCUUGCUUUGGUUUAGUAUCCACUUGCAACUGAAGUUUUUGGUCCUCUAAUCAAAUAUUUACCGUGGAAGAUGUCACCAUUAUCAUGC